ACUUCCGGUUGGAUUUUUGUUGUGAAAAUGGCAACCUCACCCAAUCCUGCGACCGUUGGAACGCCAAAGAAAAAGGACGAAUCAUUCCUUGAUAAAAUUGGGACGAUUGGUCGCAAGAAGAAAGCUAAAGAAGCAAGUAUUUUAGAAGAAGAAGGCAAACUUGCUAUUGAAUCUCCUACAAGUCCUACAAUUCCAGACGUUGGUCCAGAGGGUUAUUUACUGGAUGAGUUGGAAGAAAGGUCCAUGAUUGAACCAACUUCAAAAGAAGACCCUAAAGUACAAGAGUUAAUUAAGAUAUUGCUUGAUUGGAUAAACGACGUAUUGGCAGAUGACAGAAUCAUAGUGAAAGACAUUCUUGAAGAUUUAUUUGAUGGUCAAAUUCUACAAAAAUUGAUAGAAAAAUUGGCUGAUAUAAGAGUUCAGGUACCAGAAGUAACCCAGUCAGAACAGGGACAGAAACAGAAGUUACAGAUUAUACUCUCAGUAAUAAAUCGACUGUUACAGUUACAAUGGAAUCAAGUCAGAUGGAGUGUUGAUAAAGUUCAUUCAAAGAAUCUCGUCGCCAUUCUUCAUUUGUUAGUUACUUUAGCAAGACAUUAUAGAGCACCAAUUAGAAUGCCUGAUAAUGUGUCCGUCAACUUAAUCGUUGUGACAAAGAGGGAUGGCAUACUCCAGACCAAGAGAGUAGUAGAAGAUAUCACUACAAUAAAUGAUGACAUUGGUGCAAGAUUUGAGCGAGAUGCCUUUGAUACAUUAUUUGACCAUGCACCCGACAAACUUAAUCUUGUAAAGAAAACCUUGGUUACAUUUGUCAACAAACAGUUAUUGAAGAUAAACUUUGAAGUUGCCGAUUUAGAAGCACAAUUUCACGAUGGAGUUUACCUGGUUUUAUUGAUGGGUUUAUUGGAAGGAUAUUUUGUUCCUUUAUAUGACUACCACCAAACAGCCUCAACGUUUGAUCAAAAGGUGCAUAAUGUACAGUUUGCAUUCGAUUUAAUGCAGGAUGCAGGACUUCCGAGACCAAAGGCCAGACCAGAAGAUGUUGUCAAUCAAGAUCUAAAAUCAACCCUGCGAGUAUUGUACAAUAUUUUCACAAAGUACAAAGGUCAAGGAGCAUAAAUAUAGACUGUUGGGAGCAGAAUCAGUAUAUCCACCGUGCUAAAAGCUUAGUUAUAUGUGCAAUAAAAUCAUCAAACUUGUUUAUUUACAGAUGUAGAUUUUUAUAAUGUAUUUAUAGAUAUAUGGCAGGUUAUAGUAAGCAGUAUAAUGUAGUAUAUCAAACUUAUACCCAUUUGCAUGUUUUGUUUUUCAUUAUAAUGUUUUUGUCUUUUUCUUGUUUUUUACACACUAUAAAAUACCACUAAUACCAGUGAUUUUGCUAGCGCUCGUCACUUUCGUAAUUUACGAAACUGUUUUCAAAAUGACGAAAGUAUUUCAAAUCAAUUUCGUCACUUAAAUUUGGAAAGUGUAAAAAUAUUUUCGCAUGAAAAUACUAUAAUUCUACCUGUCUACAUGUUUCUGACAAGUUUAUGACCUUCAGCUAAUUAACAUUUACAACAGGUGUUAUAAAGUUGUGAUUACAGCUAAUCCGCUUAUCGCCAUCGGAUGGGUCACUUAUCCGGUUAAUUAUUUUCCCCAGUAAAAUUAGUCAGUCUGCAUUUUAAUUUCAAUAUUUCUCAAGGCCAAGGACUACAAUUUGCAGUUCGCUUGUCGUAGUUUCGUCAUUUGAACAAAAUUGUUUUUCCCCGGACAAUUCGCUUUUUAAUUUCAAUAUUUCUGAAAUUUUUCAUUAUAAUGUUUUUGUCAUUUUCAUGUUUUUUACGCACUAUAAAAUACCACUAAUAGUAAUACUAACUUGUUUUGAAUUUGAAGUAUUCUGUCAAAUUAAUAUGUGAAUUUAAAACUUUUGGUAGCAGUUAUUAGUCCCCUACGGACGAAGUCGAAGGGGACUUUAGGUUUGCACUCCGUCCAUUUGUCCAUCCGUCAGUCCGGCAAAUCAGCUUUCCACACUUUUUUUCUUCGUUCUUGAAGACAUUGAUUUGAUAUUUGGUAUAUAGUUUUAUCAUGACAAGUUAUAGAUCAAGUUCGAAUUUUGUUCCGGUCUGAUAAUUUAGUCCAGAGUUAUGGACCAUAACUCUGGACCAUAUCUAAUGUUAGAGUACUAUGUUAAACCAUAUUUCUGUACAAAGGGAGAUAACUCAUUUUUUAAAAGACAUUCUUUGUAAAAUUAUUUGAAGAAUUUUAUGACAGGCUUGUUUGUUAUUUAGUAUAAACUAAUUUUCUGAAUGCUAUAUAUAUCAAAAAAAAUUAUGAAGAGAAAUCCUUUAAUUAGAUAAUAAUCUAUUUUUAUUAAUGUAUAUAUUUCAAUACAUUACAUUGUGUAGAUAAAAGUUGUUGACAUUUUAUAGAUAAGUUACAAAUCUUUAUUAGUUUGUGACAAAUGAAAGAAAAAAAUAUUUGGAACUAUUAAUUAUAUCUGAUUAUAACUUGAAAUAGAUAUAUACUGUAUUACAUCAUAUCUAAUUCUAGAGAACUAUUAAUCAUAUCUAAUGUAUUUUUCAUCAUGCUUAUAAGAUAUUGAUUGAUAAUUGGUAUAUAGUUUUAUCAUGACAAGUUACAGAUCAAGUUCAAAUUUUUGUUUUGGUCUAAUAAUUUUGUGCAGAGUUAUGGUCCUUGGACUUGAAAAAUUCACUCAUAUAAUCAGUUUUCAACACUGCUUUCAGUCAUGCUUGUUUAUCAUAUAGUAUAUAUAUCUAGAUUUCAAAUUUGGAAUUAAACAAAAAAAAGAAAUAUGUGUCCAAUGCAUGUCAUGCCCCGCCAAAAAAUUUCAAGUUGAUGUGACCACAACUAGGUAAUGCCUUUUACCAAACCUAAAACCUGAUACAGGAUGGAUGAAGGCAGGGAUGGACAAACAUGUCCCCCUAAUAUUAUAUGUGAGGCUUAAAAGAUUAGAAAUAAUUUCAUUUCAAAAAGUGGAAAACAUAUAUAUAAUCAUGAUUAUAAAAUUAUUUUGGGUGCUCAUAUAACAAUGGAGAAGAAGUUUAGACAUAGUAUGUUAAACAAAAGUAAAAAUAUAGACUUAUCCAGCAAAGAAUUCUUAUAUUAGAAUUCUUUUGGCUUUUGAGCUUUUUUACAUAAAAAUAUGUGUUUUUUCUUGUAUGUCUCAUAAUUUGAUGUAUAAGAAAAAAAAUCAGUUUUGAGAGAUAACCAGCUGAAGUACAUGUGUGAGAAAAAGUUCAAUAAAAUGAUAAUUGGCCUAGAUUGUAUUUGACCAUAGAAAGAAUUGUAAACAAUUGAUUUUGAAAUACCUUUUCAAUUUGUAUUAAUACUCAGAUGACAAUCAUGCAUGCAUUAAUAUUUAUUAGUUUGACAUUAUGUGUACAUGUUUGUAUGUAAAACUUAAAGAGUCAGUAUAAUUUAGGUGUUAGUUCUGGUACUAUACAUGUGUAUACAUCUACUUACUUUGUUAUGCAUUUACUGUUUAGAAUAUGUUUAUCACAUAAAGGAAUUUUAAAUAAAAUGUAUUUGAAAUAUAAAA